GCGCGUCAUCAACACGAGCCCUGAAGGCAGAGCCUCCCGUCGUGCGCAAGGCGGCGGCGGCUGUUCUUCAUAUUCUCGCUUUCGAGGAGUUCGCGGCGGGAGCUGCCUCAAGGGAAGCGCCGCCAUGGCGCGCAACUCCGGCCAGGUCUGCCACUACUUCUUGCAGGGCCACUGCCGCUUCGGCGACAACUGCUGGAACGAGCACCCGCGCCAUCACGUCGGCAGAGCUAACGCGGGCUCCAGUCGAAGAGGAGCAUGGAGUGGACAUAAUCAGAGAUACAGUAAUCCUGUACAGACAUCCAGUUUUUCCAAAUCAUCCAGCUGGCACAACAGAGAUUCUGGCUUUUCACAGAAUCGAUAUGCUGCAUUAAACUCCAAUGAAAAUGUUGGUAAUAGUGGCAUUGUAGAUGAGGAAGAUAAACUUCUUGAACUUAUAAUGAAAGACAUGGAGAGUUGGGAAUCUUCAGGACAAUGGAUGUUUUCCACCUAUUCACCUAUGAAAGAAAAGCCUAAUAUAUCAGGGUUUCCAGACAUCUUGCCAGAAGAGUUGCGUCUUGAAUAUUAUAAUUGCAGAGCAAACAACAAUGCACAAAAUUAUAUCAAUUCAGUCCAGCAGUUAGCAAGCCAGUGGAGAAGUCGGUUGCUUGAGCUGAAGAAUAUAAAUGCAUCUACUAAAGCGGCACUGAUAUCUGAAUUUAAGAACACGGCUAGUCAACCACCACCUGCAUUGGGGUUUGGAGGACCGCAGGCAUCGGCUUUUGGAUCAUCAGCCUUUCCUGUGGAUAAUAAACCUGCUCAAGCCUUCUCCUUCAAACCAACUUCUGAACUUGGCAGCAUCUCCUCUGGAAGCACACCUGCAUUUGGGAGCCUCACGAGCAGCCAGGGCACUGCAUCUUCCACCACUGCGCCCCAUGCAGUCAGCUUUGGAGAUCAACCCGCUUCAUCGGCAUCUUCCUUUUCAUUUAAAAUGGCUACAACAACUCCAGGUGGGUUUGGAGCUUCUGGUUUUUCAGGGUUUGGCAAACCUUUUCCAGCAAGUUCCUCGGAGACUGCGCCUGCAUCGGUGUUUGGUACAGCAGCCGUCACCCCUGCUUUGAAUCCCGGAUUCGGCAAAUCUUUUCCUGCCAGCUCCUCAGACUCCACAUCUGCUUCGGUGUUUGGAACAGCUGCUGCUUCCCCUUUGAAUUCAGGGAACACACUGUUUGGGCAGCCAGCAAGUCUCUUUGGGGGUAAUGCAACGUUGCCCCCUUCCACAACCCCUCCCAGCACCACCUCUGCAAAGUUACUUACCCCAGAGUCGGAACUGUCUGCUGAAGAACUGGAGCAAUUUAAGGCAAAGAAAUUCACACUCGGAAAAAUUCCUUCCAAGCCACCACCAGCAGUACUUCUAAAUCUGUAACGUGGCCUGAGGUUGUUCUUACUAUCUUCUCCUGUGUGUGCAAAUAUCAGAGACACUUUGAUUUAAUCCUUCAGAAGUUAAAUUCUUCUAUGGCUCACCAUAUUGUUUCAGAGAAGUUACAUUCAUUUCUAGAAAUGUGUGAUCUGCUUGACUUGUUGGCUCCAGAAUGAAUAUUUAACAUAAGAGUAUUGCAUAGCAAAAUUAGCUUUGCAAUGAACUUGAAAAUAUAGGAAACCCAAGGUGUUCUUUUCUUUGGUAGAGUUGGCUUCCAUACUUUAUGGACAUGAAAUGUGCUAAAGGUACCUUAAAGUCCCCAAAUCAUACCUUUGAACACACCAGCUAUUCCCCAGCUAUACCAAAGUUAUAGAACCCACAACCCCUCCGUGCUCUUCUGUUGCUAUAAUCUGGCCUCAACAGCUUCAAUACCACAGUAGUCCUCAGCCUUAGCUUUUCUAGCUAUAAUUGGUUGAUUUAAAAGAGCACAUCUAUCUGCUGUGAUUUGGUGAUGGGACUAGUUGUUACCACGGUGCUCUGCCUUACUGUAAUUCUGAGUAUAUCCUCUUAGCACCUAGUCUACUAAAGCCUUCCUCUGUGUGUGAGUGUUUUAGCACAACACAGGAAGCAAACAAUAGCAUAAACUAGCUAUCCUCCCUGAUAGCAUUGGGCUUACCUUCAUUUUCUGUGAGGUAUAAGGACUCCAGAUUCAAGCAAAUACUUUUAUUUUAGGUGUGCUGCAAGUGUGUGCCUUUGUUUUGUCAUUCUGUUGCCCCAAACAACAAAAACCACUUUCUCGUCAGGUAAAUUUUGGUACAGAAAUCAGUACUGAAUUUGAUGAUGACAUUGAAUUAUUUUUCUUUCAAUUUUGCUUGUGGUUAAUGAUGGUUUUAAUUUUAAUAUCUGCCGCCCUGGGACCUUUUUGGUGAAGGGUGGGUGACAAAUAUCUAAAACAACUAAAUGAAUCACUAGUCAUUGACAGUAGUAAAGAUUAAGCCCCUCGCCAUCUUCUGUCUGUGCACACAACUUAGAACUUCAUACGAGAGACUUGUCGUCAAGCAGAUCAAUUUGGAUUUCGGAUCCCUGCUUCACUUCACACAUGAUGCCCCACCUCUUACCUUUUCAUCCAACAUCAAUAGUUGAGCUGUGUGCAAAAGCUGCCAAAAUCGUGGGCAUAACCAGCCACCCUGCUUCGCCUGCCCAUGUGAAUGUAAAUAAUGCGUAGUUGCAAAGGGUUGUUAACUUUCACAUGAAGGGAAAACAUUAUGUAAACCGAUGAUUUUUUUUAAAAGACAGUGAGAGCAGGUCUUUCUGUGCAUUAAUUUUGUACUGGUUUAGAGACCCUUUAAUAUAAAUGCAUGACCCCAUAGUAAAGGUAAAUAGGUAAAGGACCCCUGGGCGGUUAAGUCCAAAGGUGACUAUGGGGUUGCGGCGUUCAUCUCGCUUUCAGGCCAAGGGAGCCAGUGUUUUUCCACAGACAGCUUUCUAGGUCAUGUGGCCAACAUGACUAAACCGCUUCUGGCACAACAGGACACCGUGAUGGAAGCCAGAGCGCAUGGAAUGCCAUUUACCUUCCUGCUGCAGUGGUAGCUAUUUAUCUACAUGCAUUGGCGUGCUUUUGAACUGCUAGGUUGGCAAGCGCUGGGACAGAGCAACAAGAGCUCAUCCUGUCACAGGGAUUCGAACUGCCAACCUUCCAGUUGGCAAGCCCAAGCGGCUCAGUGGUUUAGACCACAAUGCCACCUGUGCCCCAUAAUGACCCCAUAGUAUGCCACCCUGAAUAACAGGAAGUUCUAUGCUUUCAACUACUGUGGGUGGGGGGAAUGGGGAGGAAUGAGGUGAAAAACUGUUAUGUGUCCUCACGUCUCAGACUAGUUUAAUGUGAUUACGAUCACUACUUUCUUUGAAUUAUAGAAUGUGAGGGUCAUUGAUUUUUCACUAAUGUAGGUCAAAUUUAGAAUAGUUUGAAGUUUAGCAGGCACACUGCUUCUGUCCUGAACAUCUAAGGGAGGCAGGGCUAGGGAAGCCGUGGAGCUCUCUCCAUGUUGCUGGGCUCCCAUCAUUCUCAGCUGGCAUGUCCAAUGGUCAGAAAUGAUGGAAGCUGGAAUUCAGCAACGUCCAAGGGGCUACAAAGGUUCUCCUGCUCUGAUCUAAGGGCUGAUAGGUACGUGUGUGUAGAAAUCUGUCUGAUGUACAAAAGUAACAUAUGCAUUUUCUUGCUCUGCCCACACUGGCCUCUGGUUCCUAGAAGGUUGCC